AUGUCCAAUCGUUCUUUGCUGGUGACUGAGUUCAUUUUUGCUGGGUUUUCUGAACGACCACAAUUGCAGGUGCUCCUCUUCGUUCUGGUUUUCUUCAUGUAUGGCAUGUCCCUUGCUGGAAAUACUAUCAUCACCACUGUGAUCAGACUCAACCCAGUCCUUCAUACACCCAUGUACUUUUUCUUGACUAACCUAUCCCUCCUAGAAAUAUGCUACACCACUUGCAUUGUUCCUAAGAUGCUAGCAAGCUUGAUGUCAGAGCAUGGCAAGAAGAUAGCUCUCUGGGGUUGUGCUACCCAGAUGUAUUUCUUCACCUUGUUUGGAAUCACAGAAUGCUGUCUCCUUGCUGCCAUGGCUUAUGACCGCUAUGUUGCUAUCUGUAACCCCUUGCGUUAUAGCGUCAUCAUGAGUCCAACGGUCUGCGUCCAGCUCUCAAUGGCCUCCUGGUCAGUAGGAUUGAUGGUGGGGCUGGGUCAGACCAACUAUGUCUUUAGCUUGACCUUCUGUGGCCCUAAUAGGAUCAACCACUUCUUCUGUGACAUCCCCCCGCUCUUGAUGCUGGCUUGCGGUGACACCUCCAGAAAUGUAAUUGCUGUAUACAUUGUGGCUGUCCUUUUUAUUACCACACCUUUCCUACUGAUCCUGACCUCUUAUGUCUAUAUUGUCACCUCUGUUUUGAAGAUCCCAUCAGCUGAGGGCCGCCGGAAAGCUUUCUCCACUUGUUCCUCUCAUCUCAUUGUAGUCUCGCUAUUUUACGGGUCAGGCAUUAUCACGUACCUUCGGCCCAAAUCUAGCUAUUCAACUGAGAGUGACAAAUUGUUGGCCCUCUUCUAUACAGUGGUGACAUCCAUGUUGAAUCCCAUAAUCUACAGUUUGAGGAACAAAGAGGUUAAAGUGUCUUUGAGAAGAAUGAUGGGUAAUAAACUAUGUUCUGGAGAAGAUCCACAAUGAUUGUUAUUGGAAUGGUUCCUUAUCCUGUGAGGUCCAUAUAAUCCUACUGCGAAUAUUUGUUUUCUGACCAAAACCAGUGAUCACCUACAUCGUUAGAUUUUUGUAUCUUUGCUGAGACAAGUAUGUAAAUGUUGGUUGGUUGUUACUCCUUGACCAGAUAAAUAAUCUGAAUAAUUGCAAUCUAGAAACUCUGGAUUGGAGAGUAUACUCAGUAUGUGGCCCCGUCUAGUUAGAUCUCAGCCUUGGUUAGCUUUCGGAUGUGAAGUAUUGGAAGUCCCAAGACUAUAGAUUGAAAUGGAAAACUAAAAAAAAAAAUAUCCUGAAAGCAAGCAAGGAUAAACCACUUCUAUUUCACAGCCAAGAAAACAUCAUCUAUUUAUUUUAAUGCUAGUUUUAAUCUGGAUUGAAUUAAUGUGACACCCAAAGGUGCUUUUUUAAGAGGGAACUGGACUUUCUGGUUUUUUCUUUGAAGAAGUUUCGCUUCUCAUCCAAGAAGCUUCUUCAGCUCUGACUGGAUGGUGGGGAAUGGAAGGAUUUAUACUCCUUGCAGACCGCUGGUCAUUUGCAUUCUUUUAGCGAGUUGUUGAGACCACUUGGAGGUUUUUCCAUGUCCUCAGGGUCACCUGAGUAGUGCAAAUGGAUGUGGAGCCAAUGACACAAAUAAACUUCCAGGUGACCUUAACAACUCACUAAAAGAAUACACACUCAACUCCUAGAAAGGCUCUGGAGCCUGUGGGGAGCAAAAACGGGCCUACCAUGCCCACAAUGCCAUUGUGUGCCAAAAGUGGGGGGAGCAUGGGUGGGUUGUGUGCGCAUGCAUGGCGGGCGGGACAAAUAGAAUUAUGUGUGUGGGCACACAUGUGCUCAACCCCCCCCGCUCCCCCCGUUUUUGGCACGCGAUGGCGAAAAGGUUAGCCAUUACUGGUCUAAGCGAAAGUAACCCAUUAACCCUCAAGUUAAAGCUGUAAUAGAGCUUGCUCAUAUGGUCAUAAGUCAUAAUUAUGAUUGUUACAUAGGUCAGUCAUAUGAUGGACCCAAUUUUACACUCUUUUUAUGGUGGCUGCAAAGCAAACACGUUAUUAGACAAACCCAUUACUUUAUGAAAGUGCUGCUUUUUGGCAAAACCAUUGUAAAAUACGGCCAUGUGACCAUGGGAUGACACAAACAAUAAUAAAUUCACCUAUGUUUCCAAGCACCUGAAGUGCACGCAGUCACUUGACCAUGGAGGGGUGGAUCAGCCUGAUGGAACUUUGGAUCUGGGUCAUAAGUUGUUUUAUUCAGGCUGAUUAUAACUUCUAUCAGUCAUUAAGUUACUGGUUGCAAAUUGAGGGCUAUCUGCAUAAAUAAACGCCGUUCAUGGAAUGCUGCCUUUAUGUUCUUUCAACACCCCCCUCCACCUUGUCUUUGUAAACCUGCCCCAUACUUUUCUAAUUGCCUCAUUGACCAUACUAGAUUCAUGAUGUGCAGAAUUCCAUCAAAUACGCUGCCGUUGUAUACAUCACUCUCUUUUCCAAAAGCCCAGAAAGAGGGAUUGUAUCCCAUAAACUCUUAGCCUUUGACCCCAAUAAACCAAUUCAUGUUUCA